ACCUCCCCGAAAGGGAGUGAGUGGCUCGCCUACGAGAGAAAGCAGAGAGCUUACAGACAACCCUUGGAUAGGAAGACCCUACUGGAACCCUGCUGGAACUGAUUGCAUGACGGAGCGUCGGGUGAAAUCGUCUGCAGAGAAGCCACAAAGUAACCUGCGCUGUUCUGUUCUUAUAAAUCUUCUUCCUUGUGGUUCUGUUACUGUUUUUGUGUAAGCUGUUUCUCUGAAAUAAGAGUAGUCUAUUUCGAGAGCUGCCUUGCAAAUGAAUUCUCUUCCGUCUUUCUGGGACUGUGUAGUAAAUGUCAGAGGAUUGAACCCCAGAACGCAUAAGUACAACUAAAUCCACAACUACGUUUUUCCAGAUAAAUACACAAUAUUGAUUGAUGCAACCGAUUGAGACACUCAGACGCUCGUGUUCAAGUGAGGAUCAGCUCAAAAGAUAUCCAAAACGUAUUACUGUUCGGUCCUGUUCCAAUGGAUUCCUGAAAAGGGGCGUACCAUAAGCAAGGAGAACCAGACCUUGCGCGCAGAUCAUGCUACUACAUGGACGCAUGCUGUACUGUAAAGUUGACUUGCUACUGGAACUCGAAAUGCAUGUGAUAGAAUAAGAAUAGCAUAAUUUAUUUGAACUAAUUAGAUAUGUGUAUGUGCAUGUUUUAACCAAUUUGUUAAAGAAAACAGCGUUUCCACUUUCUUUUAUUUGAGGCUAUAUGCCAUUCGGAAAUACUGUUUGAUUUCUUUGUAUAAUUUUUUUGCAGGGCUGGAACAAGCGUUGCUAUGCAGGUAAUGCGCUGUUGCAAUAUGUUAGAAAUGCAAUUUAUCGUCUGAUACCAUAUCUAAUUUUAGGGGAUAUCUUGUAGGUCUUCUCAAACAACCAUUGAAAUGUAUUUUGCGUAAAAAGCUUGCUGGAUAUUAGGCUAUAGCACCAUGAUGGCAAACGAGAAUCCUUAUGAGAGUCGCUAUAUUGUUGAAAAAUACAUCCAUCACAAAUUGUUGAAGAAGGGAUUUGUAUGGGAAUUUCAAGCAGAAAACGAUUAUCCAAAUAUUGGCUUUGGGGAGCCCUCUCCCCCUAACUCCGCCGAAGUUUUUGCACGGAGGUCCCAGCCCUCCGCCGCAGGCGUGGACACCGACUCUCCGCUCCCAAACAGGAUCCCGCAACCGGACCGACAUGCCCGGCUCCAUAGGGUCCUGCGGGAGGCGGGGGACAAGAUUGAAAUAAUGUAUCAGCGGGACUUUGCAGAGAUGUCGGGGCAGUUGCAUUUUACGCCCAGUACGGCACAGAUAAGGUUUACUGCUGUAAUAGAGGAGCUCUUCAGCGACGGGGUAAACUGGGGUCGGAUUGUGGCUUUCUUAGAGUUUGGAGGGACAAUGUGCGUGGAGAGCGUCAACCGAGAGAUGACGUCCCAGGUGGACAACAUUGCCCAUUGGAUGACGGAGUACCUGAACGGACCCCUGCAGAACUGGAUCCAGGAGAAUGGUGACUGGGACGCCUUUGUGGAGAUAUAUGGGCAGCAGAGGAUCUCUGUCUUCCACUCCUGGCCCUACCUAAAGACAGUGUUCGGCCUGGCCGCCCUGGGUGCAGCCGGAGUCACCAUCGGAGCCUUGUUCACCCAGAAGUGAUAUAGAAGACCCCAGAGGACCAUUCCCCUCCCCCUCGCCUAUCCUACCAGCCCAAAAAAGAAAGGCCCACAGCACUUUCUUCCCUUGAAAAACUGCCGACCUAUAACUUUGCUGUGCUACAAGAUAGACCGGACUACAAAAUAGACCGGACUACAAGAUAGACCGGACUACAAGAUUUCGUCUCUCGUUCCUCACUCUUUCAUUUCUCCAGAUGUAUCUUUGAAAGCACCUCACAGCUCAGCACUGCCCAGCCCGGGCCUGUAGCCCGGUUCAAUCCCAGAGCUCCCAGCUCUUCAAAGGAGAUCGCACCGCUCUGUUGCUCCCCAACUGCCAACAGAGCAGUCAUUUCAUACUCCAUAACCGUCCUCCUGCGGAAUGAAAAGAUGAAAAAGAAAAACAAGUACACAAAUCAAACACACGGAACACAACAUGUUUUUUCUGACAACUGCAGCCUUGUAUAUUCAUACAGACUUACAGAUGGAUGCACCCAUGCGAACUGUAUACUAGACAGCUACCAACAGGGAGUAUCCUUGGAAAGAUUGCAUACACACUUUCUUGAUCAUUUUAUACUAAUGCAUAAACACAUACCAACAGAUAGAUACUGAAUAUUGCAGGCAAACAUAUUCACACAAACUCAAGUGUGUGUUCUAACAAUUAAACAAAUUACUUUUAUGAUGUAUCGUUAAUGAACAUAAGACAAGUGAUUGUUUAUCCAUAAACUGAAAAACAACCAGAUUUUCUUUCUUUUUUAUAACUAUUUUCAGCAUGAUUCUGUGGUACAUGUAACAUUUUAACAUGUAACAUUGACAGAAUUUUUUUCUAUAAUAAUAAAAAUAAUAACAUCCCAAAUGUACAGUACACACAGCUUCCAUCACCAGCAUGUGUGGUGAAAGUGGUCGUUUUUGCUUGAGUGACCAUUUAUGCAUGAUGACUUUUGAUGACAUGGAGCAGGAAUUAUUGGUUUGUUUUUCUUUAUGAGGAGGUAUGUUUGGGUGGUGAAGGCUCACUGUGCACAAACCCCCAAGGGAACUUCAAUCAAACCCAACAGAUGUUGAGAAUUUCCUAUUAAAGCUCUUGUCUCUGA